AUGGCAACUUUAGCAAUUCCAUGUACGAAAUGUGCUAGUAAAGGUGUUGGAAUAUUUAAAUGUCAAGGAUGUUCUAAUGUAUUCUGUCGAAAACAUGCUAGUGAACAUCGUGAUAAUCUUAAUCAUCAAUUAGAUGAACUUAAUACUGAACAUGAUCAACUUUAUAAUUUAAUUAAUCAAAACAAUAAUGGACAUCAUACAUUAAUUAAUCAAAUUGAUCAAUGGGAAAAAAUUUCAAUAAAAAAAAUUCAACAAGUGGCACAAAAUAUUCGACAAGAUAUUAUUCAAUAUAUAAGAACACAAAAAGAAAUUGCUUCUGAAACAUUAAAAAAUUUCUAUCAACGUCUUCGGAAAGCUCGUGAAGAGGAUGAUUAUAUUGAAAAUGAUCUUCAAUUAUGGAAAUCAAAAUUAGACACUCUUAAAAAAGAUAUUACAACUCUUAAUUCAUCUAUUAGUGUUCGUGAAGAUUCAAAAGGCGCAUUGAUUUCGAAUAUAUAUUUAUCAUUAAAAAAACAACAAAUACUUUCAAAUGACAGUUUCUUAAGUUCAUUUGGUGAUAUUCAUAUUGACGAAAAUGGACAAUCAGCUACGCAUGAUGAUCAAAAACGAAGUGAUGCUUAUUUAUGUGGAAAAAAUGAAUAUAGACAAGGUAAACAUAAAAUUCGUUUUAUUAUAAAUAAAAAAAAUAUCGAUUACAUAACAACAUUUGGUAUUGCAUCAAUGGAACCACAAUUAUCUGUUUAUGGUUGGAAUAGUGAUGAUCAAACAGUUGGUGGUGGACAUUCUGAAUCAAAAAAUUCCGAUGAUCAACGUGAUAUGAAAGGUGAAACAACAUUACAAAUGGAAUUAUUAAUUGAUUGUGAUAAUAAAAAACUUUCAUAUGUUAAUGAACGUACAAGAUGUAAAAAAGAAAUGAAUGUUGAUAUUGAUUUAUGUCCAUUUCCUUGGCAACUUUAUUUUUAUUUAUAUGAUACUGGUGAUCGUGUUCGACUUUUAACAUCAAAUCGAACAUAA